UUUACGACGUUCAUCUUCAUCUUCAUCCACUUUCCCAGCAUACACGAUAUCAUGCCUGCAACAUUCGUGGUACUCUCACCCAACCAUGCCUCGGGCCAACGAAAACAGACCAGAGGGAGGUCAUUCAAGCUUUCAAGGGUGGCUUCACCGAACCGUCAAAAACGCAUUCAAGUGACGAGAGCCUGCGACUGGUGUAGGGUACACAGGAUCAAGUGCGAUAACAAUUAUCCAUGCCAGAACUGUCAUAGCAGACAGGGCCACUGUAGCAGACGCGAGCGGAGUAAGACGAGAACACUUCCCAGUGCCGUCAGAGAAAUCGAAAAAUUGGAAGAACGCAUUCGACAACUGGAAGAGCAGCUUCAAAAUCCUACUAAACCCGUUAAUGAUGGAUCACUGGUUCCAGCUUUCCUUCCGUCAGAGCAACGCGGUUCUAAACUUCGUGAAGGUGUAUAUUCCGCUGGAGUGCAAUGCGCGCAACGUAGACAGUGGUAUGGCUUGCUAUCCAAUUUCUAUUAUAUCAGUCGGCUAAGAUCACAUCUCACUAUUGCACUCCAACAACCCCAAUCUGAUUGUAACAUGCAGCCCAAGUCUGCUAGUCAGGUUUUUGUCAGCCCAACUUCAUCCAAAUCAGCAGACUCGAGCCUAGCGGAAACCGCACUAUCCGCAGACCUCGGAGAAUCUGGAAGCUAUUUGACUCCAACGCAGGAAGACUAUUUUCUAAGUCUUUUCUGGGAAUCAUACCAUUGCACCUUUCAGAUUCUGGAUGAAGGGGAGUUCCGGGAGCAUUACCGGUCAUUAUGGGAGACAUCAUCCCCGACAAGAAAGUCGUCAGCCUUGGUCGAUAUUAUCCUUGCCAUAUGCAUGCAAUAUGGACUUGCAUUUCUUCCUCGAGAGGACUCCAACUCGGAACCCAAGGCCAUGGUGGAUGGAAAUGAUGCGACCAUUGCUGGUAGGUGGUACUACCAUCGAUCACAGAUGCUUCUGAACUCUCAAUUGGAGAACCCAACAAUUAUGACGGUACAAUGUCAGAUCCUUACUGUCAAGUAUUUAUGCAAUGCCUCCUAUCAGAACAUGGCCUAUAGUGGCUUGGCUACUGCUGUUCGGACGGCACAUUUGCUUGGUAUGCAUCUUGAGCCCCCAGCAGAUAUGCCGCGAGAGCAAAGAGAGUUGCGCAGGCGAGUGUGGUGGACUCUCUAUUGUAUGGAGUGUAAAACAUGUAUGAAGCUGGAUCGUCCAUGGAGCGCUCCGUUCUCGUUGAUCACUUGUCAACUGCCAGCUGAUGAUCGCCAAUUGGCCCUGAUCUCCGGGUCCAACUUUGCCUCCUAUGGAGAGAAUCUGACCUGGUUGACAUAUACCCAGCAAAUAACCAAGAUGAUGCUUGCUGUCAGGACCGUUUUUGUUGCGUUCGCUGACAAGUGUGGAGAUGUUGUAGCGAGCAACUCCGGAAGAGGCAUCUACACCGAUCCUCAAACCCUCGAAGAUUGUGCUAUUUUCCUGGGUUCAAAGAUGGAAGUGGUCCGAAGCUGGGAAAGUCAAGUGCCAGCUGGAAUGAAGACUAAGAGAAAGAAUGAUGGCGUAGCUCUUUCAACCGAUCGCACGAUGCUCGAUAUCGAACUAUAUGCGCCCCUUUGGCUUCAGCGACAGCGUCUCAUGCUUGAGCUUCUCUAUCAUAAUCUUCUCAUGAACCUUCACCGACCGUUUAUAUGUUUCCCGUCAACUCUUGCUACCGAAAACGACAGUUCUACCCCAUUGGUGUCGCCUUCACAGUCCGUCUUCUCCAAUGCAACUCCAAUGACUGAAAGCCAUACAAGAUUGUGCAUUGAGCAUGCCAUCACUAUUACACGUAUAAUGCACCAGGUUCUCACUGGCUCUGAUAUCCUCAGCGGGAUGCACGAAGCCUUUCAUUUCCAGUGGAAUGCGACUGUUUCGCUUAUCGGCUUCAUCCUGGCAUUUCCACUAUCGCCAUUGAUCCCCGAGGCUCGCGAGAAUAUCAAAAAUGCAAUCACCGUGUUUGAGACUUUUGGGAGACACUUUGCAGUAGGAGCAAGUGCUGCGAAUGUGACUUGGAAUCUUGUGGCAAAGGCUGACUAUCUUACUGAGCGUUUCCAUGCUCAAUUAGCAAGCCUGGAAUUACAGUCGUCGAACACUCCGGACCUACUUCAUUCAUACCUCGGAACAUUGACCGUCGACAACAUGAAUUUGGCUGGCCAGUCUCUGGAUUUCAUGGAACUAAUGAACUUUCCAAUGUCUGGAACGACAGAUCUGGGAUUCUCGCUUGAUCCAUUUGCUAGUUCCGAGCAGUUCUUUUCAGGUUCUAUAAACCCAGAUGAUGCAUGGGUGCCUAAUCAAAGUUGA